UCCCUGGGCUUUUGAAGAGCGGUUCCGGCCUUGCGACGCUCGAUGGCGGAAACAUCGUGUUCAUCGGUGGAAAAUAUCAUGAGGGAGAAUAUGAUAACGCUGCCUCGGCCGAUGUUUACGAGUUCAAUCCUGCUACUAACAGGUGGAGAAAACUGGCAGACAUGAACAUACCACGUUACAACUUUGGAUAUGCUGUAGUGGACGGCCUUUUGUAUGUGAUCCGAGGCUUUACCUCAUAUGGUGAUAAGCUUCUCAGCUUGGAAGUAUACAACCCGAAAACUAACAAAUGGAGCCUCAUGGAUUGUCCAUACCGGCCAACCUCUAGUUGUGCCUUCGCAUUCUCCUUCAAAUCCAAACUCUUCGUUGCAGACUCUGGAUCGAGUUUCAUUGACAUAUAUGACCCCAAAAUGGAGACAUGGGAUCAGUUAGACUCGGGGCAAGAACUUUGGGUUUACUCCUGCGCUGUUAUUAGGAACAAAGUGUAUUUGUUGAAAAUUUUCAAUUCGGGAAUGGGAGUGUUUGAUCCAGAGAAGAAUUCUUGGAGCUCAGUGUCUGUGCCUCCGUUCAAUGGGCAUGAGCUCAUGUUCAUACUAGGGCAAAUGAACAAUAAGGUUAUCCUGGCUGCACAAGGGUGUGAGGGCUUAUGUGGUGACAUUGGUAAAGAGGACGCGGCCGAGUGGAGAGCCUCACCGAUUAAACUAUCUGGUUAUGACGUCAGCAGCGUUCUCAUCAACUUUUAAUUUUGCAAAAUAUUGUGUGUAACGUUUUGGGUUGUCAGCUUUGUGUUUAGUCCUCAACUCUGUUGAUGUUCGUUUAUGAUUAAUUUCCUCCGUUCAUCUUUGCAUUCAGAAGUGUUAACCUACCAAAGAAAAGAGUGAUUUAUUACUAGUACUUACCUAGUCUACAUUUGCUAUUUUUCUUUUACUGUUUAUGCUUUUGCCGGGCCAAAGGGUCAUAGCAUAUAUAGCUUUGUUCUUGUGUUGUGAUUAUAUAUCUUAUAUUCUUAUGUUAUAUCUUUUGGAUAUGGGAAGCAUGGGAUGUGACGCUUCUUAUGCGCACUUUCGAUAAUAAGAAGUUCCUGGUUCCAUCGAACCUAUCCACAUCAAUUUUGGGUAUAAAGUUAUAUUACUUAUGGAACUGCGCGGCGUUUCAGGUUUGGAGAAGAGCUAGGUAUAUUGUUUUUAAAUUUUAGGUAUAAAGUUGAAGGCUUCUAUAUUUUGAAAAAGUAAAUAGAAACCGGUUGCGUGUGCUGGUGCAAUACUAAAGCUUACAUAUCCUUUUCUUGGGAUUCACGUAAUAAUUUAUGCAUCCUUUGCAUCUUUUAAACUUGAUUUCGAAGAGAAAAUAAUCAGAGAUGAUGAAGACCCAUUCGAGGCUCAAGUGGGACAUAUUCCUCAGUUUCCAAAGAGAAACAAGCCACAGUUUCACGGAUCGUCUCUAUGAAGCGCUCAUAAAGGAACAUGUCCGGGUAUGGAAAUGUCAUGUGGAACGCAAGAAUCAGGUGCUCGGUCCAAGUCUCGUGGAGGCUAUCGAAGAUUCAGUGGCGUUCAUCGUCGUCUUAUCCCCUGAUUACGCUAAGUCUCACUGGUGUCUUAAAGAAUUAGCCAAGCUCUGCGAUCUGAGAUCAUCACUGGGUCGUCCAAUAUUACCAAUCUUUUAUGAGGUUGAUCCAUGGAGUUUUCGGACGCAGGGUCCUUUCGAGAUGGAUUUUGAAGAGCACUCGGAAAGAUUUGGGGAGGAGGAGAUACAACUAUGGAGGGAAGCCAUGAAAAUAGUGGGGAAUAUCUCCGGAUUUGUGCACAGAGAAAACUCGGUUGAUGAGGACAUGAUAGAGCUUGUGGUGAAAAGCGUUUUAGCACAAGUGAGCAAUACGCCCGAGAAAGUUGGAGAAUACACGGUCGGGCUGGAAUCACGUGUCGAGGACUUGAUGAAUCUGGUCGAGCUUAAACCCAGUUGUGACGAUGUUCAAAUCCUGGGACUUUAUGGUAUGGGUGGUAUUGGUAAGACAACUCUUGCAAAAGCCUUCUAUAACAAGAUCAUUGCAGAGUUCGAGCAUAGAGUUUUCAUCUCUAACGUUAGAGAAAACUCAUCAGACCAAGAUGGUUUACUCAAUCUACAAAAGAGUUUCAUCAAGGCUCUUCUCCGUUCGGUACCUGAAAUAGAAGAUGCUAACGGAGGCAGAGAAAAGAUCAGAACAAGUGUUCAUGAGAAGAAGAUUCUUGUGGUUUUAGAUGAUGUUGAUAAUGUAGACCAGGUUGAUGCGCUGGUUGGUGAAAAAAGUUGGUACGGUGAAGGAAGUCUUAUCAUCAUUACAACCAGAGAUGAAGAGAUUCUGAGUAGGCUCUCUGUGAACCAAAAGUAUGAGGUUAACUGCUUGACUGAGAUGCAAGCACUGAAGCUGUUUAGUUAUCAUUCACUAGGAAAAGAAGAGCCAACAGAAAAUCUAAUGGAGUUGUCAAAGAAGAUUGUCAAGAUAACAGGACUCUUGCCAUUGGCUAUUGAAGUGUUUGGUUCGCAUCUGUAUGACAAGAAGGAACAUGAAUGGCUAACUGAACUAGAGAAGCUAAAAAGUACCCAACCAGGUGAUCUUCAGACUGUUCUGGCGCUGAGUUUCAAAUCCUUAGACGAUGAAGAGAAGACAGUCUUCCUCGACAUUGCGUGUCUCUUCCUUAAAAUGGAGAUAAAGAAAGAGGAAGUCAUCGACGUACUGAAAGGUUGUGGGUUUAAAGCUGAGGCUGCUCUCAAUGUGCUAAGACAGAAGUCUCUUGUUAAGUUCUUGGCAGAUGAAACUAUUUGGAUGCAUGAUCAGAUUCGAGACAUGGGUAUGCAGAUAGACCUUAAAGAACAUCAUGGGGACCUUGAAACUCGAGGUAGACUAUGGGAUCGUGGUGAAAUCAUGAAUGUAUUAAACUACAAGAAGGGAUCAUCAUCCAUCCAAGGAAUAGUAUUGGACUUCAAAAAGAAGUUAGCUAGGGACCCAAGUGCAGAGGACAUUGCAUUGAGGACUCUACAUGACAAGCCAGGCAUAAGAUCAGUGUUUAGUUACCUGAAGAAUAAGUUUGUAAAGUUUCCAGCAGAGGAAAAGCCAAAAAGUUCUGAAAUCACCAUUCCUGUUGAGCCUUUUGUACCAAUGAAGAAGUUGAGACUUCUUCAGAUUAAUCAUGUGGAGCUUGAAGGAGAUCUUAAGCUCCUUCCAUCUGAACUCAAAUGGAUACAAUGGAGAGGUUGCCCAUUAAAGGAUGUUCCACCAAUUUUUCUUGCUAGGAAACUUGCUGUUCUUGAUCUUGCAGACAGUGGAAUAAGACGAGUUCAGAGUUUGCACAGAAAAGAGAUGGAUGGGAACUUGAAGGUUGUAAAUUUGCGUGGUUGCCAUAGCUUAGAAGCUAUUCCUGAUUUAUCAAACCAUAAAUCCCUGGAGAAGCUUAUUCUGGAACGAUGCAUGCUUCUGGUGAAGGUUCCUAGAUCAGUUGGUAAUCUGAGUAAAUUGCUUCAACUGGACUUCAGUUACUGUUCGAAUCUUACCGAGUUUCUUGUGGAUGUUUCUGGACUAAAGAGUCUUGAAAAGCUUUUCCUCUCUGGCUGUUCAAACCUGAGUGUCUUACCAGAAAACAUUGGUGACAUGCCAUGUUUGAAAGAGCUUCUUCUUGGUGACACUGCCAUAAAGAACUUACCAGAAUCAAUCUCCCGGCUUAAGAAACUUGUAAAGCUUAGUUUAAAGGGUUGCAGAUCUAUUCAAGAGCUACCUUUGUGCAUAGGAAUGUUGGCAUCACUUGAAGAGCUAAAUCUUACUGCCACAGCAUUGCAAAAUCUCCCAAGUUCUAUUGGAGAACUAAAAAAUCUCCAGAAGCUUUAUUUGAUGCACUGUGCAUCCCUUUCUAAGUUACCUGACACUAUCAAUGAGCUUAAAUCAUUGAAGAAACUAUUCAUCAACGGAAGCGUGGUGGAGGAGCUACCUUUAAACCCUGGCUCACUGCCAUCUUUGACUGACUUUUCAGCAGGAGGAUGCAAACAUCUGAAGCAGGUUCCGAGUUCCAUUGGUGGACUAAACUCUCUUCUUGAUCUUGAGUUGGAUUGGACUCCAAUUGAAACUCUACCAAAAGAGAUUGGGGACUUGUACUUUAUUAGAAAACUUGUGUUGAGGAACUGCAAGUCUCUGAAGGUUCUGCCUGAAUCAAUAGGAGACAUGGACACACUCCAUAGCUUAUUCCUUGAAGGCUCUAACAUUGAGAAACUGCCUGAAAGUUUUGGCAAGCUGGAGAACUUAGUCUUACUCCGAAUGAACAACUGCAAAAAGAUCAAGAGGCUUCCUGAGUCUUUUGGAGACUUGAAAUCUCUUCACCAUCUGUUCAUUCAAGAAACUUUGGUUGUGGAGUUGCCAGAAAGUUUUGGAAACCUCUCUAAGCUAGUGACAUUGAAAAUGCUGAAGAAACCUCUUUUUAGAAGCUGUGAGAGUGAUUCUACUCCUAGCUUUGUAGAAGUACCAAGCUCUUUCUCAAACCUCUUGUUGCUUGAGGAACUGGAUGCUCGCAGUUGGGGGAUAUGUGGUAAGAUCCCAGAUGUUCUUGGGAAGCUUACAUCUCUAAAGAUACUAAAACUGGGGAAUAACUAUUUUCACAGUCUUCCAUCUAGCCUUGAGGGGUUAUUGAAUCUUAGAGAACUUUCAUUGUAUGAUUGCCGAGAGCUAAAGUGUCUUCCUCCUGUUCCAUGUAACUUGGAGCAGCUUAACCUAGCAAACUGCUUUUCAUUGGAGAGUAUUUCAGACCUUUCCAAGCUGAAGAUCUUGCAUGAACUCAACCUCACAAACUGUGACAAAGUGGAUGACAUUCCAGGACUAGAGCACUUGAAGGCUCUGAAACGAUUAUACAUGAGCGGAUGUAACUCCAAGUGCUCUUAUGAAGUAAAGAAAAGACUCUCCAAGGCUUCUUUGAAAAUGAUGGUGAAUCUGAGCUUACCUGGAAACAGAAUCCCAGUCUGGUUCUCACAAGGCCCUCUCAGAUACUCAACUCAGCCGAACAGAGAGCUCAGAGGCGUAAUUUUAGCUGUUGUUGUGGCUCUUGAACAGGAAUGCAAAGAUGACUACCAGCUUCCUGAUGUGGUGGAGGUUCAAGCCAAAAUUCUAAAACUUGAUCUAGCCUUAUACACCCACACGUUGCACCUCUCUGGAGUGCCUAGAACAAGUGAUGACCAACUCCACAUCUGCAGAUACCCAGCUAUGCAUCCAAUGGUAACUAUGUUUAAAGACGGGUACACAAUACAAGUCACCAAACGUGAACCACCAGUCAAACAAGGCGUUGAGCUAAAGAUGCAUGGGAUUCAUCUGGUGUACGAAGGGGAUGACGAUUUUAAAGGUGAAGAGAGUGGCUUCACCGAGACACAGUUCACUGUUUCUCAGAAACUUGCCAAUUUUUUCAGCACUGUUGAAGAAAAUGAAUCUUCUACCGAGUGUCUUGCCUGAUACUCCAACAAAUGCUCUUUGGUACAAGGUGAACCCAGCUCCAACGGUGGCUCUGAGUUUACCUGAUCUACUACCACACAGAAGAUAAGAAACUGCACAGACUGGUGCUAAUAAACAAAAAAAAAAAUUUGUUGUUCAUGUUUGGAGACAUGGUGUUUGGCUUUUGUGUGUGUUUUUUCAAAGAUCAAACGGAUACCAAAGUAUAAGAACUGAAACAAUUUCCAAAUAACUCAACUUGUUAUAUUAAGAAUCUCUCAGACAAUCUCUCAAGAUCUGUCUGAUCCGGUUUACACAACGUCAACUCUGACUUGACACGGACCAAUCCUUAAUCUAAUCAACACUCAACUGGUGACAAUGCUUCACCAAUUGUUACAAAGCAAGCACAGUGCGGAACAGCCUCUCACACUUGUUCUUUUUCAACCUCUCAAACCUUAACCUAGACUACCUCUCUAGUUACAGUUAUAACUCUGUUACAUAAUAUUUUCUUCUCCUGAUAUUACGCCAACAGCAGAUCUUUCCAUGCUUAUCACAAAAGCAAUGAUCUUCUGAUUGAUGUCUCCACGUCAUCAGCUAAUUACUCCUUCAUACCGGUAUCUCACAUACCGAAUGAACGGUGUAGCACAUGCUCUGUUUUCCAGUGAACAGGCUCCUUUCCUGGAGCUAACACUGUCGGUGCACUCCUACACUGUUGUUAGGAACAAAGUGUAUUUCCUCAACUAUAACAUACCUGGAAUGGGAGUGUUUGAUCCAGAGAAGAAUUCUUGGAGCUGGGGUGUCUGUGCCUCGGGCUGAUUUCAGGUUCAAACUAGGGCAAUGGAACAAUAAGGUUAUCCUUUUUAAACGGGGAUGUGAUUAUGAGGUCUUAAGCUGUGACCUUGAUAAAGAGGACGCAGACAUGUGGAGAGCCACACCGAUUAUACUAUCUGGUUAUCACGCCACCAGUGUUCUCAUCAACUGUUGAUUUUGCAAAAUGUGUGGGGCUGUCAGCUUAAUUUGUGUUUAGCCCUCAACUCUGUCGAUGUUUCGUUUUAUGGUUUAUUUCCUCUGUUUAUCUUUGUACUCAGAACUAAAAACCUUCAAAAACAAAUAAAUAAUUAUUAUAGGAGUGAUGUACUAGUGACGUAGUCUAAAGUUGCUGAACGUUAGAAUACAAUAAUAUUACCUAUCCUUCCUUGUACUCUUCUCGAACCAAUCUUUAAAGAUUCUCUGUUGAUGAAACAGAGUAUAGCUAAAAUAAUUCAAACUCCUCAUCUUGAUGAGGAAGAAAAACAGUCAGCUCCACAAACUCUCACAUCUGCUUCUUCAUUUUCUUUUCUAACGAAUUCCGGCAAAAAAUAAAAAAAAACAUAUGUUACGUCAUCUCAUGUUGCAGCAUUGGGGCCUCCCGAGUCUCUGCAGCUUAUCCCACAAGCAAAUCUCUGCCGUGGCGACUGAUAAUGAGGAGCAGUGAAGUAGUCUUCUAUGCAUCCGAACUGGCAGAACUUGAGGCUGUGAACCACAGCCACUGGUCUAGUAUCGUUGAACUUCUCCACCCACAUUCCCAUGCUCACAUCUUCCAUCUUGAAUAACUGCAUUAACCAACAUGUACAACAUCAUAUCAACAGAUGCUAAAUGAAUCUAGCAAAUGCGUUAAAGGUUCACUUACUCUUAACCACUGAUGUUCAAAAUCAUCGACGAUAAACUUGGCUAUAUCAUAUGACAAAGAUGUAACCGGGACCAUUAGCAUAGGGAGGAUAAUACUCUUCUGGCCAUUCCUGGUUUGACAAUAACAUAAAAGGCUAAGCACACAUUACUUGUUAAGCUCAAGUGAGUGUAAAGACUCUAAGCAUAUGUACCUCAUAUGUCACAGCCCAUUUCCCAGUGCACAGAGGCUUAUGGUAGAAGUUAAUGUUUCCAAUAUAAAGGUUAUCUCUUCCUUUAACCUUCUCUGCUUCCUGGAUAACAGCAUCCACUCGCACAAACGUAUCAUCGUCACACUUCAUUAUAUACUUUGCCGCCACUGUGCUAACCCCAUAUUAGCUACGGGACAAUACUGAAACGUCACACACUUUCCCAUUUGAACUCUUAAAAUCUUUCAAAUAAUAUUUAAAAAUACACAACUAUGUAAAACUAUAGUAUAUACAUAUCCAGUGAAACUAAUAAUUGUAUCAACAAAGCUAACAUGUUCUUGUUCUUCUACUUUGGCAUUUGGUCUAAUGCCUUGGGGUAAGUUUUGGCUCUAGGCAUUGGAGUUGAAUCGUUGAAGAAGCUAAUUUUCUUUUAAUGUUUACUCAUCUGCCAGUCGAAUGGGUCAUACAUGAUUGUUUUUGCAAGUUGCCAUGCGACACUGAUUAAGUAUUGUGGAAGUUGUUGAUUUUAGUUAGUGUUCUUUGAUCAUGCUAUUGCGACCUUAGUUAGUGGACAUAAGAUGUGUGUAGAUUACCUCUGAAAAGUUUUAAUUAGGUGGCAACAUAACAAAAAUGAUGAGAUGGUGAGAGGAGAUAUUUGCAUGGAAAUUGGCUCAUGGUCAUCUUAUAACCACUUACAAAUAGUGACAUUCCUGCAUAAAUUGGAGAUAACUGAGUAUUCGUAGUAAGAAGCAAGUAUUUUUGAAAAGUACGAAGUGAUUAAAUAUGUGAGGAGAAGAUGUUGGGUUGAAGUAGGAACGGCCAAGUUUGAACCUUGCAAAAAAACAUAUUUGGACGACAAAAUAUAAGAGAGGGGUUUAGCAAAAAAAACAUAUAAGAGAGUUUAAUGUGGUUAAUUUCUUUGUAUGUUAUAUGUAUUUGAAGAUGUCAACUUUUCGUAUAAGAGGACAACAGUACUCACACACUCGGGUUGAUGGAGAUGAAACCAUAGAUGACCGCAUAUUGUGAAUGAUAACAAUGAUUAGUAGUAAAUUUAUAUACA